AUGCAUCCAAGCCCGCCAAUCUGUGACAAACCAUCCAAAGAAAUAGGCUUCAUCCCACCGAAACACCCCAGGUCGACUCAUUACAUGAACUACAAGUACCGCCGAAGGUACAACAAGCGCACCCGAGUGUCUAGGGCACUUUUGACCAGUUCCGAACCAUCCGCAAUGACCUCAAGGACUACUAUCAACAGAGCCAUGCUGAUGGUGCCCGGCGGCUCCUCAACCCACAGUACAAUGUCGUCGGAGGUGCAGCCAAAUUCUUUUCCCGCUAUAGCCUUUCAACAGGCCCCCCUGUCAGAUACCCGCAGCAUGUCUGGGUCAGCCCCCUACGCCUUUGACCAAACACAGCCCCUCCAUCAAAGAAAGCCAGACGUUGGCACCCACUACUUUCAGGAUCAAGAGUCCUACCCACCCUUAUUCUCACACCAGACCAUACCACCGCAGUCAUUCAGACCCGAAAUUGAAUCCUUUCCCCCAGCCAUACCAACCACAGACGGUGCAUACUUUCCUAUUGAUCAAGAAGAAUGGCUCGCGAUAGCAGCAUCACAAUCAUCUCCUAACCCCACAAAUACCGACUAUUACCUCCCAGAGUCAGCUCCGUCCUCAUUCUCUCAAUCACGGCUAACCCCCGUAACCACCGCAUCUUUAUCUUCCGCUACCACCGCAGACCUUGACUUCGACCUUGAUCUCGACCUCGAUCUAGACGAUCUCCAACUUCAAUCACUCUCCGACACCUCCUCCGCCCGCAGCCAGACGCGAGAUCUGAACAACUAUGGCAUCCAAAAUCCCGACGGAACCUGGCGUUGUGCAUACCCCGGCUGCUCCUCACACGCCGUCUUCCGUCGGGGCUGUGAUCUCCGGAAACACUAUAAUCGUCACCGCAAGCAUCUCUUUUGCCGGUACGAAGGGUGCCCACAGGCUGUGCGGGGCGGGUUCUCCAGCAAGAAAGACCGAGACCGGCAUGAGGCCAAACACAACCCAGAGAUACCUUGUGAGUGGGACGGGUGUCAGCGGGUAUUUAGUAGGGUAGACAACAUGAAGGACCAUGUGAGGAGGAUUCAUAAGAGGAGAGAGACUUGAUGAUUUCUCUUUCCCUCACCCCUUUGAUCCUCCCUCCCUCUUCCUUCCUUUCUUUCUUACUGCUGCCCCUCCUCUUCUUGAAAAUAGUUUUUCCUACUAUCACCUUUCUAUUGAACAAAUCAAACGGGAUAUCCACAGUUUCGGGAUAUGGUGGAGAUAAAUGGGACCAACGGCGCGAUUUACUGGCUUUUCCUGGAAGGGGUAAUUGGUUUUCAUUUCAUUAGUUCGGUCCAUCUGAGAUUAAAAAUGAGGGGAAAUUGGACCAUCAGCACUGCAGGACAGUGACAGUGACACUCCACCUUACCAACUACUAAAUUAACUCACCAUUCUACUUUCUACUGUACUUAUACGUGUCUUCUUUUGAGUCGUUCUGCUUAUUAAGCACCUUUUGUGUAGUUAUCUUUCUCAGCCUUGUCAAUUUAUGCUUUCUGACGUGGUGUGACUGUGACUUCUUAUCACCG